AGAGGCUUAACCCCCUGAGCCACGCAGGUGCCCCUUUUCUGGAGUUUUAAAAUAAUAACCGUUGUCUUAAACUGAACAGAGUGGUUGCAGAUAAAAGUAUUCCCAGGGUGUAUGGCGACAGAUAAAAGAGUUACACAUCUGUUGGAGCCUUUCAGUAAUUAACAUAGCGGGGAUGAUAAUACUUAUUUUAAAAACUAAACCGAAAUUCAGAAUGUGGUAGGAAGAAAUUUGACAAUACAAACGAGCUUACAGAGGACGUUGGGGAUUCAUUCCUGUCCGUUUCGUGGUUGAGUGGUUGGUAGACUUCCCUGCUGUGGAAACCACAGUCUCUGGGGAAGAAAGGUCCUUUAUAGAUACAUUAUAAGGCCCAAGACUAACGUGGAAGCUUAAGAGUUGAGCAGUAGAGUGAGUGUUGGGUUCAUGUAACAGCGCGUCAGUUGGGUCUCACAGCCCGUCGGGGGAUCCGGCUCCACAUGCGUAUCACAAGCCCGAAGAUUCGAGCGUGAGUCAAGAGUGAUCCGUGUCUUCUUAACUCAGCUUGUGUCUAUUCCUGGCGUUAUUUGUGUUGGCCUCUGUAGGCUGUCUCCACCUGUGAUUCCAGGCUCUCCAGCCCUGCAGUGUCCCUACCUUAUGGUCUCUGUAGACCUUGCCCGGUGCUGGGCUUCUGCGCCGUCCUGCCGAAUGCUGGACAUUCCUUUCCCACUCGGCCCUCUGAGUGCACGUUCUGGGCCCAGUUACGGUUCCUGUAACCCAGACCCACCAGCGCACAUUUGUCGCUUGUUCCUACAACCCCUUAACUUAAAUGUCCAGCAGAAUCCUCUCCCUAAGAGAUCAGGUCCAGUCUUCCCUUUUUUUCUGAUGAGGAACUUUCUCAUUACCUUGUUUCUGAUUUUAGCGUGAUUCCUUAGGGUAAUGGGAGUGUUUGGUUACUCCAGGAGGUCUGUCUGUAGUUCAUGCGUGGAGGGUGAGGCAGGGUGGGGUCUGUGAGCCCCACGCUGGGGACAGGGGAGCUGGAGAGUUAGUUCAGCUGCAGACCCAUAAUUCCCUCACUCACGCCUACCUAAAGAAGCUCGGUGAACCCUUGGCACUGGGGCUCUGGGGAGCCUCCUGGAUCACAGUACCCUGAGUACUGUCCCUGUUGGAUGACGAGGGUGACAUGUGUCUGAGGACCAAAGAGCUUCAGGUUCAAAACGCUUCCAGAAUCUGCCCUAUCUGCUUUGAAUCUCUUUGUUAUGAUAAAACUAUAAUCCUAAGUCUAGCAUUUUCCUGAGUUUUAUAUGUUCUUCUAGAGAAUUAUUGAAUGUGUGGGGACGCACGGAUCCGUAGCUUGCUGCUCCGAAGUGAGGGUGGUCCUGGGGAUUCCCUGAAAUUGUAGCUGAUGUCGAAAGUUCUGGGCAGACUUGGUGACCUGGAGGGCAGCACCCUUAAUACAGCCGGCCGACGACCCAACAGACUGCAUCCUGAAGUGUGUGUGUGUGUGUGUGUAUUUUAUGAAACAGUAUUAAUCGUUACGUGUAACUUACUUGAAAAUACAUAUUUUAACCCUGUUGUAUUUCAUUUUAAAAUAGGCUCAUUGCAACCCACUUCAUUGAUUUCAUGAGUUACUUCUGGGUCACUGAGAGCAACCUAAAAAACAGUGAUUGCAGUUGUAACAUCUGUCGGUCGCCCAUUGCGGAAGCAGUGUUCAGAAAACUUGUCACUGACCAAAAGCUUUCAGAUCAUUGGGUCAUUGACAGCGGCGCUGUUUCUGACUGGAACGCGGGCCGGUCACCAGAUCCAAGAACUCUGAGCUGCCUCAGAAAUCAUGGCAUUAACACGGCCCAUAAGGCAAGACAGGUUACCAAGGAAGACUUUGCCACAUUCGAUUAUAUACUGUGUAUGGAUGAAAGCAAUCUGAGAGACUUGAAUAGAAAAAGUAAUCAAAUUAAAAACUGCAAAGCUAAAAUUGAGCUACUUGGGAGCUAUGAUCCACAAAACCAACUCAUUAUCGAAGACCCCUAUUAUGGGAAUGAGUCCGACUUCGAGACUGUCUACCAGCAGUGUGUGAGGUGCUGCAAGGCCUUCCUGGAGAAGGCCCGCUAAGGCCCCGCCCGCGCUUCCCUCCUGCCCCGCUGGGCCCCGCAGGCUCUCCUGGAAGGCCGCAUGCCUCCUCCACUUGACCCUCAGUUGCUUACCUUAAGUCAUUGUAGACGGAAAUCAGUUACUGUGUUUGACAGACAAAUAAAUAAAAAUGUUUCAUGCAGACGGCGUAUGGGGUACGUGAAGUGUUCUCAGACCCGUUGAGCCUCCCACUUUGUCCCAGUUUCAGAAACGGUGGAGCAAACAGAAUAGCACAGGCACCAGGGCAUGAGGACACCCCACGUCCCUCUGGCACACGAGCCCCACCUCUUCGCUGAGGUUGUGCGCGACCGAUGGGGGCCGUGGCCUCCGCUGUCUGCACCGGCCGGCCCCGCAGCCGAGACUCGCCGGUGCGCACGGUUAGGUGCGGCAGUCCGCAGCUUUCCUGCCCGCGGUCCGGCUCAUCAGGACGCCAGCUUGAGUGCAUUCGGACGUUUUGCCCCUCGAAGUGUACAGCCAGAAAGAAGGAAGCUGUAUGCUGGUCUGUCUUCCUGUCAGUUCGAGGAACAUGUCUGCUUUUCAAGCCUGUGGAACCCAAAUGCCAAAUAUAGAUUAGCUUAGUGGGAAAAAACAGUUAAAAGGUUGGGAAAAGUUCUUUUAUAUUGGGAUGCUUAAAUAUCGAGACAGGAAGUGUUCUCUCAUCAGUGCGUCCAGACAAAUAGGUGAUCUCUGUGCACUUUGAGAGAACUGAUCUAAAACUCAUAUGGCCAUAUGGCAGAAAAGACUGUGGCAGAAAAAAUAAACUGGGGAUAUUAUAAAAAUACAACUACGAA